AUGUUGCAUAAGCUAUCGAAUCUGCAAUUCUUAAGAAUAAGUGAUUGUAGUUCAUUGAUCUCCGGAGUGGGCACAGAUGCAAGCAACAUCGAUGUAUGCGGCUUGCCAGCUUUAAGACAUUUGUAUCUGAAUGAAUUGCCUUGUUUAGCGGAGACAGGGUUGAAGUCAGGGAACCUGUAUCCAAAUCUCAAAAAACUAGAAAUAAACGAUUGUCAUAGCCUUACAAACGUGGUUCCCAGAGAUGUUAUGCACCUUGAGGAAAUUAUUGUAAGAAAAUGCAAGAAGAUGAAAAGGAUCGUGGGGGAAGCUAAACAAGGAGAAAUCAAUGAUGCCCUAGUCUUUCCAGAAUUGACGUGUUUACGGUUAGAGCUUUUGCCAAACUUGACCAGCUUUUGUGGUGAGGAAAUUGAUACCUGCAAGGUUGAAUUUCCAAAUGUAGUGAAACUUGGAAUUCGCAGUUGCAAGGAAAUUAAGCUGGAAUUGAUAGAGUUCAGCAGCCAACUAAAGAGGUUGUAUAUAAGUUGUGAUGAGGAGAUGCAACUUCCGUCUACAUGGCAACCUCGAUUACAUAAUCUGGAAACACUCUUUUUGAGUGGGUGUUGGUCGCAUGAGCUCAAAUCUUUACAGUUCCCAGUGCUGAAGGUGCUUAAAGUUCGCAGAUACUCUGGAGGCGCUGCUCUUUUCACAUUCUCAGGCUUUAGAAGUCUACAACAACUCCGACAACUAGAAAUUUCAGAUUGUGCUUUCUUGGAAGAAAUUACUGAGGAUGACAAAAUAUCUGGCAUCAAUAAGAAGACUAUCACGCUCUUGAUGAUAACUGUUGAACUCCCAAACUUAGUAAAACUUGAAAUUAGCAGUUGUGAGGAAAUUAAGCUGGAAUUGAUAGAGUUCAGCAGCCAACUAAAGAGCUUGAAAAUAAGUUGUGAUGAGGAGAUACAACUUCCGUCUGCAUGGCAACCUCGAUUACAUAAUUUGGAAACACUCAUUCUGAAUGGAUGUUGGUGGCAUGAGCUCAAAUCUUUACAGUUCCAAAGGUUGAAGGUGCUUAGAGUUCUCAGAUACUCGGGAGGCUCUGCUCUUUUCACAUUCUCAGGCUUUAGAAGUCUACAACAUCUCCAAGAAAUAGAAAUUUCAGAUUGUGCUUUCUUGGAGGAAAUUGCGGAGGAUGACAAAAUGUCUGGCAUGAAUAAGAAGACUAUCACGCUCUCUCACCUGGAGAGAGUUGUUCUAAAGGAUUUACCAAAGCUGAAAAGUAUUAUUCAUGGAGCAAAUUAUGGGUGCCAUGUCCCGUCUUUAAAGAAAGUGGAAGUUGAGGAUUGUGGACUCUCUAAUCUUUUUUCAUUCUCAGAGUUGACAAGUCUCGCAUUUUUGAAUAUAUCAAGCUGUGCUCAUUUGGAAGAAAUUGUGGAGGAUAUUAGGAGUGAUGAGGUUUCUGGCAUGAACAAGAAGACUAUUACACUCUCUCAACUGGAAAGAGUUGUUCUUAAAGAUUUACCAAAGCUAAAGAGUUUUAUCUACAGUGCAAAUCAUGAGUGCCUACUUCUGCCAAAUUUAUUAUAUGUUUCAGUUAUUAAUUGUGGACUCUCUUCUCUUUUCAUGUGCUCAGCAGGCUUUGGAAGUCUACGGAGUCUAAGAGAAUUAAAAGUACGGGAUUGCAGAAUGUUGGAAGGCAUCUUUGAGUAUGCAAGGGGAGAUGAAACUUCUGGUAUGAGUGAAGAUAUUAUCUCACUCUCAAAACUCGACACACUUGAACUUAUAAAUUUGCCAGACCUCAAAAGUUUCAUCCACGGUGCAAAUUAUGACUGCUAUAUGCCGGCUUUGUGGAACAUAAAAGUUGAUAACUGUGGAUUCUCUACUCUCUUCACUUGCUCUGUUUUCAGGAAUCUCCUAAAACUUCAGUAUUUGACAGUCUUAAAUUGCAUAUUGUUAGAAGUCGUUGUGGAAGAUGCAAGGGGUGACGACACAAAUGACAAGACUAUUACACUCCCUCGACUCGAGCUUAUUAAACUUGAAAAUCUGCCAAACCUCAAAAGUUUUAGUCGCGAUGAAAGCUAUGUUUUCAAUAUGCCCCUAGUAAAGUAUUUCAGUCUGGUUGGGUGUCCCAGGGCAAAGAAUUUCACUUGUUUGAAUACAAGUACAGGAAACGGAUAUGUAAGGACUGACGGGGAUAAACGUGAAGAAGUUCCAGAUCUCAAUGACUACAUAAAGAGGCUAUUUAUAGAGCCUAUUUGA